UUAAAAAAGUUGCAGAGGGUUGGAACUCUACUUGCGUCAAUGUGAAAGGAGAAGGUUCAUUUCCCCCGAGCUCUCCGGGGAGAACAGAGACUGCUGCAGUACCAGUGAUCUGUGACACCGACCGACCCGGACUCCAUUACCCCCAACAUUACCACCCAGGUACCUUGUAAUCUCUCUUAUCAAUCUGGCUUCCGGGACUUCUCCCUGCGGGAGUAGGCGUUUCUCUGCCGAGGAGGAUUGUCAUCUGGGAGGUCGCCCCGAUGAUUGACGUCCGUUUCCCCGGCGAAUAUCUCACCUAAAUCUGACCAAACAAGAGUCUUGUAGGCAUCCCGGCAAUGUGCAAAGGUCCAUGAAACCAUCUAGAGAUAAUCUCAGAGAAUUUUCAGAGACCUUCAGUUCAUUUCUCUUCUGCUGUCAGCGAUGACGUCUGUUGAUCUGAAAGCUGAGCUGGAAUGUUCCGUCUGUCAGAAAAUGUAUACAAAUCCUGUAAUGCUGAGAUGUGGUCACAACUUCUGUCGGAACUGUAUUGAUCGUUUGCUGGAUACACAGCAGUCUGGAAGUUAUUCCUGUCCUGAAUGCAAAAAUAAAACUUUCAAGAGUCGUCCUGCACUGCAGAGAAACAGGAAACUGCAUAACAUAGUGGAGAAAUUCCGGUCUUCUAAGCUAGCUAGGAAGAAGUCUGGAGACUUACACAAGGUGAAAAAACUGAAUGAGGCUUCUGGGAAGAAGAAGAAGAAAAUGGGGGAUGAUCUGCAGAAGCUUCGGGCAAAGAUAGAAAAGAUGGAGGAACAAGCUCAGAGUCUGAAGGAACAUAGGAGAAACGUAGAAGAAAAAGCCACUGGUGACACCAAGAGAGUAAAGGAUGUGUUUAAAGAUAUCAGGAGAUGGCUAGAAGACCUGGAGAAGAGAGUUGUGAGGGAGAUUUCCGGGAAAGCAAGCCAGGUAACUCUCUCUGUGUUGGAUAGGAUCCAGAAGUUGGAAAAAAUUAAGGAGGAGCUGUCCAAGAAGAUACGUCAGAUUGAAAAGCUGUGUAACAUGACGGAUCCACUGACUGUCUUACAGGAAUCAGACACAGGUGACUUGUGUGAUACUGAGGAUGGAGAUAAUGAGGACAGAGAGAGACAUGAGAAGCUCCUCCAUGAUGGAGGGGGUCUGGAUAUGACCAGGAUCUUAACAGAGGUCAAUAUAACUUUCUAUAUACAGGGAGCUGCAGACAUAUUACUGGAUGGAAACACAGCUCACAAUGAGCUACAGAUAUCAGGUGACAGGAAAACUGUAUCCUGGUCAGAAAUAAAACUAAAUCACCCCAAAACACCACAGAGAUUUACAGAUUAUCUUCUGGUGUUAAGCAGUCAGAGUUUUAAAUCAGGUCAACAUUACUGGGAUGUGGAUGUUAAGGAAUCAAAUUGGUGGAGAGUCGGAAUGUGUUACCCGAGUAUAGACAGGAAAGUUUUGCAGGCAGGAUUAGGAAUGACUAACAAGUCCUGGGGUUUGAUAAGGUCUAUAAGUAAGUAUUCUGUGAGACAUGACAGUAAAGAGACCCCCUUAUCUACAAAUCUCUCCAGUAACAGAGUCAGGAUAUAUCUGGAUUAUGAGGCCGGGCGGAUCUCCUUUUAUGAUCUGUGUGACCCGAUCCAACACCUCCACACCUUCACCACCACCUUCACUGAGCCCCUCCAUGCUGGGUUAUGUGUAUGGAGAGGUUGUAUAAAGAUCUGUGGGGGGGAAUCCUAAGAUAUGAGAAUGCUGCUCAGAAACUGGUGACAUCACAGGAAGAGAGGGUGGCAUUGGUUAAGUGAGGAGCCAAUGUUUGAAGAUAGUGGUAACUAGG